CAACUGUCAAAAUCAUUAAAUCAAUACUUAUAAAUAUUUGAAGGUUAUAUUUUUAUACAAUUAUUUUGCCUAGUAAAAUCAAUUUACUAAUGUUUUCUUGUAAUUUUUAAACCGAAUAAAAGAAAAAUAUACUUGCUAAUACGCUUGCUUACAAAAUGACAAUGUUUAAAUUAAAGGCUGCAUCCUUUGUUCUGAUAGAAGAUGACUGUAAUAAAAACCCACUUCCACUUAUAUCAGAACUAGUAGAGAAUUCUACGCGUUUGAAAAUACUGUGCUAUGAACAGCCAGUUUGCGUCUGGCAAAACAUUUCUUCAGCUAAUUCACUUCAAUGCUAUAAAGAAUCCCAACUAGAUGAAUGGCUUAGUAGUUCAUCUGAUGAAAAGUGUACAUAUAUCAUAGACUCAGUGAAUCAAAUGAUAUUAGACAAAGGUUGGUGCAACUGUCUAAAAUACAUAAGAAAAGUGCUCCUAACACCUGGAAUGGUCAAACUUAUCGUAAUUCUACAUCAAGAUUGCCUAACAAAUUCGAAAAUUCAGAUACAGUUGAGUCAUAUAGCAAAUGCUAUUGUGUCAUAUGAUAAAGUAAAUCCACUUAUGAUUAGAACUAAAAUCAAAAGAGGUGGUAAAUUCUUCAAAAGCAAAGAAAUUGUAUCACUCGAUACACUAAGUUCUAGUUUAAAACUAACACCUGUUGAGAAGGAAAUUGUGAGCAAUGAUGAGCCAGAAAAAGUAUUGCCCAACGAGUUGUCAACAUUCAAGAUAGAAGUGGACCAAUUACAGCAAUUGGAGAAGAACAAGCUUAAACUGCCGUACAUGAGUAAAAUUAAUGAAGGAAAAGGCAAAGUUUAUUAUGAACCAGAUGCUGUUGAUGAUUGGGAUGAUGAGGAUCCUGAUGAUGACUUAGAUAUAUGAAAAUAAACUUUUAAACACAA